AUAGCUCUCAAGUUUAUGAGAGAGAGCCAGCAGAGCGUGUUGCUGGUGUUGCACUUGCGUAAGACAAACAAGAGUUUCACGACGUUUUGCGAUAAAACCAUGCAUGAUCCGUCACCGAUCGCUCGUCGCUGCAAAUUAAUAUUAUUUGCUACCGGCCAACGUUCGUAUUUUUCUCAGUGAGCAAUUCGGCCUUCAAAGUACGUACACUAGGCACGGAUUUUACGUGCACACGCAGAGGCACAACGGUGAAUAACAGUUCCGCACGAACAGCAAUUUUGCUUAAGCCUAACAAAUAACAUUAUCUAGUGUAACAAAAGCGUAAAGUUGUAAAACUAAACAAGGCCAAAGAAGAAAAGGUGUGGAAAUUGCGCGAAGAUGCCAGGCAAUACAUUGCGUUAUAAUCUUGCCAGAGAGUGAGACACGUGUGGCGUCUUGUAGUAUUCCUGAGUAGAAUAUCAGCAAGUAUGAUUUGCAUUUCCAUCACACGUGGAACAUGCCGCGAAACGAAGCAUCGAGUCGUGCGUUUAGUUCUUCUGCUGUUAUAACACACAAUUGAUCUCAAAUGCCAAUGAUCAUGGCGCAGAAUGAGAGCGAGAAGUAUCCAUUGCACAAGUGCGUGUUUCAAGGUGAUGUAAAGACACUGAGUUCCUUGAUCAGGACCCACGACAUUGCCGAGAAGGAUCAACAAGGGAACACACCUUUGCAUUUAGCUGUGAUGUUAGGACGAAAAGAAUGUGUUCAAUUAUUGCUUGCACAUGACACACCUGUAAAAGUAAAGAAUUUAGCUGGUUGGAGUCCAUUGGCUGAAGCUAUCAGUUAUGGAGAUAGGCAAACCAUAUCAUCUUUACUACGCAAACUGAAGCAACAAGCUAAAGAGCAGAUGGAAGAUAGAAGACCGAAUUUAGUUACUGCGCUACAUCAAAUGGGCGAUUUUUAUAUGGAAUUAAAAUGGGACUUUCAGAGCUGGGUACCAUUAGUCUCGAGAGUGUUACCAUCGGACAUAUGUAAAAUAAAUAAAAGUGGAGCUUCUAUUAGGAUGGACACAACUCUCGUGGAUUUUAACGACAUGAGAUGGGAAAGGGGUGAUGUAUCUUUCAUCUUCAAUGGCGACAAGAAGCCCAACCAUUCAUUGACUGUCCUCGACAAUAAAGCAAAACUUUUCCAAAGAGUGAGAUACGAGGAAACAGAACUUGAUAUAGAAGAUGAAGUUGAUAUUCUUAUGUCUAGUGAUAUUAUGGCAGCGCAAAUCUCUACCAAAGGUAUUACAUUCUCUAGGGCACAGACAGGGUGGAUUUUUAGAGAAGAUAAAAGAGAAAUGGUGGGUGGCUUCCAUGCUGAUUUUUAUCAAAUUAAUGGCAUGGUAUUGGAAAGUAGGAAACGUCGUGAACAUUUAAGUGCAGAAGAUCUCCAAAAAAAUAAGGCUAUUAUGGAGACCCUUACAAAAGGUAGCUCUCAAGGACUUACAAAUGGCGAGCCUCCCACGAGAAGAGCGUCGUUGAAUCCACCGCCAGAAUCGAAUAUAACGUGGGAGGAAUAUGUUGUCGCUCCUCCUGGGAAGUGCCCGCUUCUAGGAAGAAAUCUUGUGUAUAAAGAAAGUAGUAAAUCCUUUAAAGCUACCGUGGCGAUGAGCCAGGACUUCCCCCUCACUGUCGAUAUGUUACUCAAUGUUUUGGAAGUGAUCGCGCCGUUUAAGCACAUAAAUAAGUUACGGCAAUUUGUACUCAUGAAGUUGCCUCCUGGAUUCCCGGUCAAGAUCGAUAUACCGAUAUUACCUGCUAUCAAUGCUAAAAUAACUUUUCAAGAGUUCGCCUUUCGCAACGACAUAGAUCCGAAUGUGUUUAAAGUGCCAGAAGACUACCAAGAAGAUCCAAUGAGAGGUUACGGUGCGUACAUGACUAUGAUGAUGGUUCUUCAUACCGCGUCAUCCGUUUGAGGAUAAACUUCAAGAUAGACAAAAAAAUAUUAAUUUCCAGACUUAUGACACCUCGAACCCUUAUACUAAUCGACGUCCAGCCUAGUUGGGACUAUUUCCUUCUGUGCUAGGAGACAAUCUGGCUUUCGAGAUUUUGGGCCAGUCUGGAAAGCAUCUACUCAAGCCAUUGUGUGUUGUUCAUCGAGUAAACUAAUCUUUGUAAUUCAAUCACAUCUAACAGCGAAUAGUGUUGAAUAUUUACGAAAUGUUCGAUAGAGAAGCAAAACUAUGAACGAAAAGCAAACCUACGCACUGGAAUUACUUAAACCUGCACACGACACCACUAUUUAGUACCUAAACUUAGUUACACGUUUUCCAAGUAGACUUUGUACGAAGAGAUAUGAAUGUUAUUCAUAUAUCGUGUUGUACUUCAAAAAGAUAUACGCUGCGUGCGAUCAGUGUUGCUGAGACAAUAUGUUGCGUAUCGACCGGACGUGAGAAUAAUGAUCAAGAUUUACGUUUUCGCAGUACUGAUGUAACUUUGUAACUUUUUACAAUUUUUAAACGAUAACCAAGUGCUCCAACAUAUGUUCCAGUUAGUAAAUAUAUUAAAUACGGACACAAAUUUGCACUGUCUCCAGCAACACUGCGCACGAUAAGCGACACAACCUAAUUUUUCAAAAAGCUGCGAUUAAAAGUGUCACUUCCUGCGUGUGCUUUGAAAUUAAAUUAGAGAUUUUUCACACCGCGAAAUCUUAAGAUUUUAAGUUCGUCGUUGCAGCCACAUUGGAUUACAACGGUAAAAACAAGUUUGUGAUUAUAUAACAAGUAUGUGACUUAUUGUUACAAUAGAAUUAUAUAGAGGUAUAAAUCAACUUUUGUUACGAAUAAGGAAACGAAUUUAUUUCAACGUGCAGCAGUGGAAAAGUUCCUUAUAAUUUUUCGCUAUGACGUAAUUAUCUAAUAUGACUGCGACGGCGGACUAGAAAACCGUAAUGACUAAACAGAGUAAAUCGGGUAACUAAUUAGUAGAGUUGUAUUAGUAUUCUGCACUUUUCGCAAAUUGUCUAACAAUUUCAAAUUCGGCGAAGAUAAUGAAUCACAUUGAUUUCUUCGCUAAUUUCACAAACAAUAUGUAUUUUUACUAUUGAAAUUUUGUCAAUAGUAUAGCAUUCGAUUGGCCAUGUGAAGGAAUGUUAGUCUAGGAUGUACUCUUUCAGUAUUACCAAUUUACACUUGCGUAGCUUAUAGCAGUUGUAAUAUGUCUCUUUUAGUACAAACAUGUCCAAACGAAACGUGGCACCAGCUUCUUAUCCUUGCGCGAGAGUGCAUGAAAUCAUUAUCAAAAUACAUGAUUCGUACUCAUACCGCAUUCGAUGCUGUUGUUUUAAUUCUGAAUAUUGUAAUUACGUAAAGUACUGAGAAAUUAUAUCUAUUGUUAAGUGACUUAAUUCACGAUAAGUCAUUUGAUUUUAUUAUUAUGUAAGCGAAGAAGAAAGUUCUUCCAGACGUGAAAACUCAUAAUGAAAAUCUUUUUUGCAUUUUCGCAUACUUAUCAUGGUUUCAAAGUUUGUACACUUAAGUUUUCGAUACUGUGUAUAUAUUACGUUACGUGUAAGCGGAGAGUUUCUGGGGUGCUUUUAUUUGUGGAAUGCGAAAGUAUGAGACCGAGUCAAUCUUCCUCGCUAUUAAACGAUUCCGAAACAAUCACAAUGAAAUCCAACUCGAUGACGCUUUCGUAAAAUUGUGGACUUUCAACUGAAUAAUAGACCUAGAUUUCCAAGUAACAAACAGAUAAAUACCCUCGUCCGUUACUCAUCACAUCCACAAAAAAUUUCACUAACCUUUGCUCAAUUCAGGCUCACGACUGAUAAAUAAUUGACGAAAACUUACUACAUUCUAUUGAAUUAUUAGUCUAAUGCAAUCGCGAUUAUUUAAUUCGCCAUAAAAAUAUAGAAAUGUUAAUCGGGAUACUUUAUUAAUUUAUUACUUACUGAGAAGUGAGAUUUUAAUGUAUUAUAUAAAAUGUACGAGGAUUAUAUUAAGCGUUGGCGAAAGGAGAUUUGUAAGAAAUAACUAACGAGAAGUGUUAUUUUGCGUCCUACCGAACACCCUGCGCUGUUCAUACAACGGAAGAGCACGCACGAUUGUACAAUACAACGCGUGGGAGCGAGGAGGCGUGCGUUACGCACGUACACUUCACGACACGCAAUUCUCUUAAUCGGCAUAAUGUAACCCGAGUACGGUCAUCCCUUGAAGAAGUCGCGUCGUCAUGUUUUAAUCCAAGUCGCGCGAUCUUGAACUACUUUAUGAUCAAUUUUGCGGCCUUGUCGGCUGACGCAGCCGAAACCGAAGAAAUCGUCCGUGCACACAUUAUAACAACAACAAAACAAAAGAAACAUACAUAGAAUGUCAAUCGCGUUCAAAGGACGUGGUUUAUUGUAUUUCUUUUAUUAGUUGCUACUUUGUUACAAUGCAAUAAACGAGGGUAACGAGCUAAA